CUUGUCCACCAGAUAGAGCACGUGUGUUUAUUCACGGGAGAAGUUGGCACCGUUUUACACGUUAGCUGUACGUCAUCUCUGCUCUGCUGGCCCUGGGACUGAACACAGUGGAGUGCAGGAUCUACUUAUUUCAACUCGAAUAUGGCGGUAAACACAAGCACAUCUUUGGUGUUGUCCAGUCUGCUGUCAGUGCUGGUGUUUGCGGGAAUGCAGAUGUUCAGUAGACUGCUGGGAUCAUCAGAGUGGCUGACCAUCCUGGGGGGCUUCCUGGGCUCUGUGCUGUUUGUCUGCUCUCUCACUGCUUUCAAUAACCUGGAAAACCUCAUCUUUGGCAAGGGCUUCCAAGCCAAAAUAUUCCCAGAGAUUCUCUUGUGUCUGUGCCUCUCUCUGUUUGCCUCUGGUUUGGUGCAUCGUGUGUGUGUGACAACAUGCCUUAUCUUCUCUAUCUUUGCAAUGUACUACAUCAACAAAGUGUCAGCGGCGCUGUACCAAGCAGCUCCCACUCCAACACCUGCCAAACCCACCAGCAAGGGCAAAAGGAAGAACUGAAGAAUUUAUGACAUUCCGUUAAAGUACCCAGCCACCCAUUAAACCAUCAGACAGUUGUAUAAUCAUGAUCAAAGAUGUGAUGUUUUUGACAUUGUUAUAUUUUCAUUUUAUUUUUUUCAUUCCAGACACAUUAUAAAGAUAUAUGAACAUCUUUGGCCUUACCUGCAAUAGAUAAGUGAAAUUUUUGUUUUUUUUUGGUUCUGCUCUAGAAUAAAUUUUGUUAAAGGGUUUGUUAUUAAAAGUUGAUAAAAGAAAAUCU